AUGCAUCAUUAUGAGUUAUAUGAUGAGAUUCAUCAUGAUGAGUUAUAUGAUGAGAUUCAUCAUGAUGAGUUAUAUGAUGAGAUUCAUCAUGAUGAGUUACACCGUUAUGAGUUAUAUGAUAAGAUACAUCAUGAUGAGUUAUAUGAUGAGUUAUAUGAUGAGAUCCAUCAUGAUGAGUUACAUGAUGAGAUCCAUCAUGAUGAGUUAUAUGAUGAGAUACAUCACGAUGAGUUAUAUGAUGAGAUCCAUCAUGAUGAGUUAUAUGAUGAGAUACAUCACGAUGAGUUAUAUGAUGAGAUUCAUCAUGAUGAGUUACACCAUGAUGACUUAACACAUCACGAGUUACAUUGUGAUGAGGUGCACCAUGAGGAGUUACACGGUAAUGAGUUCCCUCGUGACUCAUAUCAUGAGUUAAAAUCCUUGAGUUAA